UACAUCUUCUGCUGAGGUGGCAUCUUUUACCGAACGAACACACGGGAACUCGGUGUACAAUGUUAGGGUUGAUCAAUGGAGAAAUGUUGCCAGUGAUAAUGGUGGGGAGCCUUACAAAACCUUGCCCGGUGAUAUUGUUCUUCUUUCGGAUUCGAAACCCGAAACUGUUUCCGACCUACUACGCGUUGGAUCCGCAUAUACAUUUGUAUCCGUAACAAAUAUCGAAGCUGAUGACGAGAGCGACAGUAGUUGCAAACCCUCCGGUUUUACUCUGAAAGCAACUCAAAACAUUGAAUUCGGCAAGUCCCUCUACGUGGUUUUCUUGAUCAACGUUACACCGCAUAAGAGAAUAUGGAACGCGUUGCGCAUGCGUCAGAACCUGACAAUCAUUCAGAAAUUAUUAGCCAAGAACCACUUGGUGAAGAGCCCAACUACUUUAUUAUCGCGCUUGUAUUCACUGUCGUCUUGGCUUCCGUCUUUCGGUUCUAAUCAUACCUUAGUACAGGAUGAGGGGAUUUGUGAAGUUUGUUGUCACAAAAACAACAAUGAGAUGAAGGAGAAACUCGGGUCGGCUUUAUUCUCCAAGUUGAACGAAUCACAACUCGACGCGAUUUCGGCAUGUCUAUCCAAAUCAAAGUGUGACCACAAGUCAUCGGUUGAACUCAUAUGGGGUCCACCCGGGACUGGAAAGACCGCAACGUUGAGCAUAUUUCUCUAUACCCUCUUGAAAAUGAACGUGAGGACCCUCGUUUGCGCACCGACAAACGUUGCAAUUAAAGAACUUGCCUCUCGGGUCGUUUCUCUAGUAAGAAGUUCGGUUUUAAGAGAAUCCGCCGACGAGAGCUGUUUGUCUUGUCCUUUAGGAGACAUGCUCAUAUUUGGCAAUAAGGAUCGUUUGAAAGUUAGCUCAGAGAUCGACGAAAUCUUUUUAGAUCGUCGUGUUAAGAUGCUUUCAAGUUGCUUGGGAUCGCUAACUGGUUGGGAGCAUUGUAUCUCGUCCAUGCUCGAUUUUCUCGAAGAUUAUGUUUCUCAACAUCAAAUCUUUGUGGAGAACGAGCUAAUCAAAGCAAAUGAAAUUCUCGACGAUGAUGAUAAUGAUGAAGCGAAUAAUAAUAACUUGGAGUACUCGAAAUCACUUUUGGAGUUUGCCAGAGAUCGAUUCGCGCAUUUAGCAGCACCGCUGAGAAACUGCAUGGUUACAUUCUUCACUCAUUUACAAAGAAACCUCGCUCACGAGAAGCACAUCUUUCGGAACAUAACGAAACUUAUGUCUCUUCUCGAUUAUAUUGAGAUGUUGUUUGAAGACAAUAGCUUAACAUCCGAAGAACUCGAGAGGAUCUUUCGACAAAAGGAUAGUGUUGUAUUAUCUCGUGUUCAUGAUUCGUUAGUUGAACUAGACCUGCCAGAUGGCAUUAACGCGGCUGCCACCACGGAGUUGUGUUUCCGGAAUGCUACUUUGAUAUUCUGCACCACUUCGUCUGCAUAUAAGCUGCACAAGGUCGAUACGAAACCGUUUAAUCUUUUGGUGAUCGAUGAAGCUGCUCAAGUGAAGGAGUGCGAAUCGAUCAUCGCACUUCAGAUCCCGGGUAUGAGGCAUGCGGUUCUUGUUGGAGACGAAUGCCAAUUACCCGCCACAGUUAUCAGCAAGGUACGUAUUUGAUUAGGGAAAAUUGUAGUUUUGGUCCUCUAUGUUUGCCUAAUUAGGAAUUUAGUCCUCUAACUUGUCAUGUUUCGGUUUUACAUGCAAUAGCUUUGCAAAUAUAGUAUUUUUAGUCCUAUUUUGCAUGAUUUUUAUUUUUAUGACGCGACAAAUAAACUUGACGCAUUUUACUUAUAUGGACGCUUGCAAAUUUAUAAAUUCGAUAUCUAACUUACCAUUUGUAGAACUUUAAUUAUGUGAGACGACUCAUCUAUAAAUCAAAUUAGAGGAGCAUUUAUAAUUUUGAAGUGUCCAUAUAAAUUAAUUUCCACGAGUUUGUUAGGUCAUCAUUAAAGGACGGCUAAAAUUUA